AUGCCUCAGCCUCCUAUUAUGGGAGAUAUUCCUGCUGUAAGACUUUCUCAAGUAAAACCUUUCUCUGAAGUUGGAUGCGACUAUGGUGGUCCAUUCUCUUUAUUAAGAUAUCGUGCACGAGGUGCUAAGUCCUGUAAAGCCUAUAUUUGCUUAUUUGUGUGCAUGGCCACGAAAGCUUUGCACUUAGAACUGGUUUCCGACCUUUCCUCCGAGACUUUUCUGGGUGCACUGCGUCGAUUCAUUUCUCGUAGAGGUCGCUGCAAUCAUAUUUAUUCCGAUUGUGGAACGAACUUUGUCGGAGCUUCUAGAGAACUGAUUAAUAUGCUAAAAUCCGCCGCUGAGCAAGAACAAAUUUCCUGGCACUUCAAUCCUCCAAGCGCGCCUCAUUUUGGUGGCCUGUGGGAAGCAGGAAUAAAGUCUGUAAAAAACUCACAUUAA